UCUAAAAGCAGCGGCUUUUCUUCAUUGCCUUCACCAGAAGAAAGCCGAGACGUGACGGAGUCGGAGGGUUUCUGCUUGUUUGCGAAACAUCUGAUAGAAACAGCUUCGACACUGCUUCUUCGUCGCUCAAGAGACACCUGUGACUUUACUUCUUUUUCAUCUUCGAACUAAUCCCACAAACAUGUCCUGGCAAUCCUACGUGGACAGCCUGAUGGCCGAUGGCGUCUGCCAGGACGCGGCAAUUGUUGGCUACUCGGACGCCAAAUACGUCUGGGCAUCGUUUGCCGGCGGUACCUUUGCCGGCAUAACGCCUGAAGAAAUCGACGUGUUAACAGGAAAGGACCGCAUGGGAUUCUUCACCACUGGGAUAACCUUAGGCAAUAAAAAGUGCUCCGUAAUCAGAGACAGCAUCUCCAUUGAGAACGACUGGACAAUGGACAUCCGGACAAAGAGUCAAGGAGGCGAGCCAACGUACAACAUUUCUCUAGGCAAAGCCACCAAAGUCUUGGUCUUGGUAAUGGGCAAAGAAGGGGUCCACGGAGGCGGAUUGAAUAAGAAGGCAUAUUCGAUGGCAAAAUACUUGAGGGAUUCAGGGUUCUAGUUUAUCUCUAGCUUAUGUGGCGUAGUCAAGGGAUGGUGGGGCAAGGGGUGGGGAACAACAACAAAAGUGAAAAACAACAUGAAACAAGGGUCAUGUUUACACCCAAUCGGAGUUUCUAACAAAGCGCAAUGUGUAGACUAUGUAGCACCACAUCUAGCAGAGUGGCAAUAAAAACAAGUGUAUUUUCCAGUGCGGCUGUCACAUCACUGUUCAUUUAUUUUGUUUUUUCCUUUUUGUGUACUCCAGCAUUGGUUGUUGUCAUGGGGAAGGAAGGUAUCCAUGGAGGGCAGCUCAACAAGAAAGCAUUUUCUAUGGCUGAAUACCUGAGGAAGUCCGGAUACUAAAGCAGCCUGUACCAGCCACCUAACCGCUCACCCGUACCACCCUGUUGCAUUUUACACUACUUCAGUCCUAGUUGGUAGUUACUUUUUUCCUUUUUUUUUUUUUUUUUCUUCCCUGCCUUCUCCCCCAAUUUUCAUCCAGUUCCUGUCUCCUUGGCACACUUGUGCGGUGUACUCCUAACCCCUUAAGCACUAUAAGUUGAUCCCUAGCAAAGGGCAUGUUGCUAACCGGAUGUCAUGACAAAUCUGUCCAGCUCAACAAGAAAUCUGGCAAACAAUAAAAGCUUUACUAUCAAUGAAGUAGACAUUUCUUUUCUGUCAUGGUGCCAGUUACUUAAUCUCCCCCAAACCCAAUCGUACACACUCCCUCCCCGAGCAGCCGACUAAUUGAGCGGGAACCAAGCUAGUUAUGUCCUGCUUAAUUUCCACCCUGUGUGCAGGGGCUCGGGGGGGGGGGGGGGCUGCGUUCUGCAGUUUCCCCUCUUGCCCACCACUGCCCCCUACCCCACCCUUUCACACUCCCCUUUGCCAAAAAAAAUGUUACGUCCAGCCCCUCUCCUAGUUUCCCUAUUCUGUUCGCGCAAAGCAGUCGACACUACAAACAUGGCCGGAGACUGCUCUUCAAACACUACACAUCAACCAACCAACCAGUCCCUGAAGCCACCUCCUUUCAGAUCCUCUGUCCUGAAUGCAUUUUAGAAGUGUGGGGGGGGGGCAGCUCAGUUGAUCAUGAGCCGGAUUUGCAAGCAUUGGUGUUGGCGAUGCUGGUCUCCUCUCCAUGGACAUUCCACAGUACGCAUGGCUCGGGCAAUUAAUACAGCUUUGUUUGCCAGCUCCUGUAAUGUGUUUUUUAUCAUUUGUUUUUCAAAUGCCACCAUUUUCUGAGUAUUUUUCAGCAUAUGAGCAUAUCCAAUUGAGAUUUUUUUUUUUUUCAAAUCUUUCUUUCUUCCCCCCCCAAAUAGGACAAAGUGUAGUCACAGCUCGGGUGUUUAUAAGAUUCUGCUAAAUCAUGUGAAAGAUGACUGCUUACUUUUCUAUGAUGACGGGAACACUUGAGAUGAUGAAACUCACCAUGGUUUAAAAAGAUGACACUACAGGGGAGCUAAGGGUGGAAGGAUGUGACAAAUUGUCACUUUCUUGAGUUUAGAGGGACUGCACUUGUACAAACCCAAGCUGUGUUAAACUACAAAACUGUGGAAUAAAUUGCCUUUUACUCCAGUCAGCCGAGCUCUGGGCUAUCACAGCGUUCAGUGCUGCUAACUAACGUCCAACUGACAAAGUAACCUUUUUAAAGUAGUGACACUCGCUGGGAGAUGGGAUUGGUUGGGACAAAGACGCUCAUGGUUGUCUAGUUGAAGCUUCACUACAGAACCUGUGUAUCCUGUGCCAUAAUGAGAUCUGUUGUAAGAAGGAUUUUUACCCACUAGUCAUUUCAUUGGCACUUUUUUUUUCUUCUUUUGCUUCAGCUCCACUGUUCUGGCCUUGUGGGAUGAGUACUCAUUAAAAAAAAAAGUUUCAUGUUAAUUUCUUUUUUUUUUUUUUUUCUUCACCACUUUUUUCUAUUUGAUGCAUCUGACUUCAAAUGCAUAAAACCAAGAAAUGCCAUAAAUUGAUUUAUCACCUUGUUUAAUGACAGAUCAAAUAAAUUUAUUCCAACCAGA